UCGACGGGUUUGUCGGUGGAAACAAGAUGGCGGCUCUGACAAGAUGUCAAAAUUAACCCUCAUCGAGCGUUUUGUUCGCGACCUGCAUGUAUUUCAUGCACCAUGAAGACCAGGAAGAUGUUCUACAGUAGGGAUUGACGAAGCCACGACCGUUACUAAAGUCAGCGUGAUGUGCGAGAGCUAUGCCCGCUCGCUGCUGCGUGUGUCCGUGGCGCAGAUCUGCCAAGCGUUGGGCUGGGAUGCAGUGCAGCUCACCGCCUGCGACCUGCUUUCCGAUGUUCUGCACAGAUAUAUCCAGCAGUUGGCCAGGGGUUGUCAUCGAUAUUCGGAGCUCUAUGGGAGAACAGACCCAGUGCUGGAUGACGUAGGCCAGGCAUUUAGGCUGCUGGGGGUGAGUCUAUCUGAGCUGGAGGACUAUGUCCACAACCUGGAGCCCGUAGGGUUCGCCCAGCAGACGCCCCUCUUCCCCCUCAGCAAGAACAACGUGCUGCAGUUCCCUCAGCCUGGAGUGGGGGUCCGGGGGAACGCAGAGGAGAGGAAGGACUACAUUCCAGAUUAUAUGCCACCCUUGGUCUCACUACAGGAAGAAGAGGAGGAAGCCCUGGCUGACAUGGGCACCUCUGCCGAGGCCAUGCAGGUCCCGCUGGAUGAUACCGACGAGGGUAUGGAUGAUGACGAGGCGGUGAACGAUGAGAACCACCCUGUGAAGAGACACCUGGACAGCCCCGACGCCGCCAUGGGUAUGAUGCCGACCUCCAAGAGGCCUCGCAUGCACCCUGGCUUCAGCCCCGACUGGAGCAUGGAGCCCAGGGAGCCCCUCACCUCCCUCAACCCUCAGCGUGUUCCUCCAGGCAUGAUGGCCUCCCACUCUCACGAAAGCCUGGGUUCAAUGUCUCUGUCCCCUGAGAUACCUGGGCCUCCAACGUCGUUCAGACCCCAGCCGGUGACCCCCGGGAGACACUCAGAUCAUAAGUCACAUGGCAGUCAAGGCCGCAAAGGGCCCAAAGGCUCAUCCCCCGGCAGGCCACGGACUAAGUCCCCCAAGGGGGUCAACGCUGGUGGGGCUAUGUCAGGCAGCCCCAUCCGCUCGCCCAAAUCUUCCAAGGAAAGGAAAAAGUCCCCUGGCCGGACCAAGAGCCCUAAAAGUCCCAAGAGCCCCAAGAUAGGCUCUGGAGCCAAGUCUGGGUCUCACCCCCAGGGCAAGUCGGAGGCUCAGGUCCUUGGCCUACAGAGGCUGCCCCUGUCAGCCCUCAGUGAGAGGAUGGGGAAGGAGAAUAUCCACGUGCAAAGCCUGGAGGACCACGAGCUUGCAGGUUUCGUCUCAGGUAAACUCGUCGAACCUGGCACCGACAACGCCGAUAUUGAUGACUCCAUCGACACUGUGAUCGCCAGGGCAUGCGCCGAGCGGGAGCCUGACCCCUUCGCCUUCUCGUCGGGCUGCGAGUCGGAGAACGAUGGCUUCUCUCCCCGGAGGCUCACUAUCAUGGAGCCAGGAGGAAUGCCUAAGCUCUCACUGGGAGCCAACAGCAUGGCUAAAGACCUGUCCACGCCACUACACCUCAACGCAGGUGGCGGCCCUGGGAACUGGACCAUGGACGACUCCAUCAACGAGGUCAUACGCAAGGUAAACCAGCGGGAUCCCUCGGCAGGACAACCCCAGGAGGAAUCGUACCUCUCCUCAGCGUCCGCCUCACCCCCGACGCCAGAGCCCCUCCUCAAGAUGUACGAGGAGAAGAACAAGCUUGUCUCCUCGGCUGACAUCAAGAAGAAACUGAAGAAGGAGCUCAAGACAAAGAUGAAGAAGAAGGAGAAAGGAGAGAAACCGAAAGAUAAAGAGAGGGAUAAGGGGAAGAUGAAAGAGAAGAACAAGGAUAAGAACAGGGACAAGAGCAAAGAUUCUUUCUCUAAAGAGUCCAAGAUGCCAUGGAAGGACUUUGGAAACAAGGAUGAACUCAGGGAACACUUCCAGGGUCAGAUGCCAGGGUUUGGCAGUCCGGAUGGCUCCAUGAUCAAGAUCAAGUCCCGUGCUGGAGGGGAUGGCAGCGGCAAGAAGGAGAAGGACAAACACAAAGACAAGAAGAAGGACAAGGAGAAGAGCAAGAAGGACAAAGACAAGCGGGAGAAGGGCAAGGACAGACAGAAGAUAUCCUCCCUCACCCCGUUCAGUUUGGGUGACAUGCCUGUCCCGUUCAGCCCGUUGACGUGUCUCCGCAUCCCCUCGAUGUUGCCCCCUCUUCCCCCCAUCCUCCAGGACAAAGAUGUGAAGAGCAAAGAGAAGGACAAGAAGAAAGACAAGAAGGAGAAGAAGAAGAAGAAGGAUAAAGACAAGGAGAAGGAAAAGGAGGGGAAAAGGAGAAAGAGAGAAAAAGAUGAGAAGAAGAAAGAGAAGGAGAAGCGAGAGAAGGAAAAAGAGAAGAUCAGACUAGAAAAGGUGAGGGUGGAGACUCCAGUGACUGUCCCGUCUCCUGUCAUCCCCAGGCUGACCCUGAGGGUGGGGGCUGGACAGGACAAAAUAGUUAUCAGCAAGGUGGUCGUGAAUUCCGAGCCGCCGCCACCGCCUAAGAUGCCAGCUCCCAAGACCCCCGCCACCAAAUUUGGACCCGGCAAUCGCCUUCAGCUGCCGCCACCUCCUCCCAUCCUCCCUCCAAUACCCUCGUUGGCAUCUCCUGCAUCCCAUCUUCCCCCUGACAGCCCUCCCCCUGCCAUGCUGUCCCCCGCAUCCUCCGGCAAAACAUGUGUACGCAGCGUGGUCACUGAAACUGUCAAGACAUAUGUGGUCUGUGAUCAGUGGGGAAACAAGGUCUGGAUCUGUCCAGGCUGUAACAAGCCUGACGACGGUAGUCCCAUGAUUGGGUGUGAUGACUGUGAUGACUGGUACCACUGGCCUUGUGUCGGGAUGGUCUCGGCUCCUCCCGAGGACCAACAGUGGUUCUGUGUGAAGUGUGCCGGCAAGAAAAAGGACAAAAAACACAAGAAGAGGAAACACAAAGUGCAUUGAGAGAGACUAUGCAAAACAAAGGUCACUUUGGAUUUAGGACUGUUCAUUUGCUGGACUGACUGCUUCUUCAAGCCAUCCUCUUGGAACACUCCUGGCACUGCUGUAAACAAAGAAAGAAAGAAAGAAAGAAAGGUGGAAAAACAUGACAGAUGAGACAUUCACACCUCCUGAUGACUUUAGUGAAUGACAUGAUGAGCUAAUGAUAUGAUAGCGCCCGUGUAUGACUGUAGGAAACAAAGAAAUACAGACUCUUUAACCAGCACAUGUCCAACCGCCGUUCUGUGUUCCAUGGUUACAGAAGGGAGGGGAAGGAAGCGUAGUAAAGUGUUUUGGGGAGGGGGGUGCUUUUAAGCCUGCGUCCUGGUUCUCUACCCUUCUGUCUGUGGGCACUAGCACUCCACAUCAUGGAUAUCUACCCAAGUGUGCACUUGCACAGUCCCUUUCAUGGAUUGAACAAUCUCCUGGAGUGUGCACUUGCAAGUGCACACUUGGGUAGAUAAUCGGGACGCAGCCUCUGUUGAUGUGAGAGCCCAGCGUUCAGGAAGGAAUGUUCAGGUGCUCCGAUGUCGUCACGGAGAUCAUGCUUUUCAAUCAUCAUGGCUUCAAACAGAUAAUUGUUGAGUUCAAUGUUGUCAAAGAGAACAGGGUAUAGAGAGAAGUCUACAUUCAUCCAUCCCCAUAUUGUUCUUGUUGUUUCCUUAGUAUUGUCAUAGCCUGGUCCCAGAUCUGUGUGUGCUCUCUUGCCAAUUCCGAUGGCUAUUGUCUUGAGUUGGAGACAGCUAGUGAAGCUAAACCUUUUAAUGUGGCUCUAUACUCCAGCAUUUUGGAUUUGAGAUCAAAUAUUUUAUAUGCGGUGACUACAGAAUGUCCUGUUUUAUUUGAGGGUAUUUUCAUACAUCUGUUUUACCGUUUUAGAAAUGAAUGCACUUUAUGUAUCUAGUCUGCCUAUUUGAAUUUCGACAAAUUCACUUAUAGUGUAUUACAUUUUAGUCAAAAGUUGACUAUUUGUUCCCAUAUUUCUAGCACACAAUAACUACAUAAAGCUUGUGACGCUACAAGCGAGUUGGAUUCAAUAGCAGUUUGUUUUGGCUGUGUUUCUGAUUAUGUUGUCCAAUAGAAAUCUAUGGUAAAUAACAUAUUGUGUCAAUUUGGAGUCAAUUUUAUUGUAAAUAAGAAUAGAAUAUUUUACAUUAAUGUGGAUGCUACCAUGAUUACGGGUUAAUCAUGACUGAGUCGUGAAUAAUGAGUGAGAAAGUUAUAUUCACAAACAUCAUGCCCCCAAAACAUGCUAACCUCUAACCAUUAACAAAAACAGGUUAGCAUUUUUAUAAGGUGUUAUGAUAUUUAUAUAUGCCUCUAACUUUCUCACUCAUCAUUAUUCACGAUUCAUUCAGGACUAUCUGUAAUCAUGGUAGUAUCCACAUUAAUGUAAAACAUUCUAUUGUUAUUUACAAUAAAAGAGACUCCAAAAUUACACAGCGUUGUUUACCAUUAAUUUAAUUUCUAUUGGACACAACAUAACACAAACAAAACAAACUGCAAAUGCAUCCAACCAGUGUGUAGAGUCAGAAGGUUGAUGUAGUCAUUGUGUGCUAGGAAUAUGGGACCAAAUACUAAACUUUUGACUAAAUGUAACACACUAUAAGUUAAUUUGUUCAAAUACUGUACUUGUAAUGACAACUUCAAAUGGGGGGACUAAAUGCAUAAAGUGCUUAGAUUUCUAAAGAGUAAAACAGAUUUAUGAAAAUACCCUCAAAUAAAAAGUGACAUUCUCUACUGUCGCCUCAAACAUUUGAUCUCAAAUCCAAAAUGCUGGAGUAUAGAGCCAAAUUUAAAAGUUUUAGCUUCCCUGUCCAAAUAAAUACGUAGGGGAUUGUAUAUAGAGGUGACUGCCUUUGUGUGUAAAUACCAACUUCCAACCAAGCCACAUGCAUUUUGUUCUUAGGACUUUUAUUCUAAUUUGUUAAAUCCAUUUUCAGAUUAUUGGUUUUUAACUUGAAUGAUUUUCUGUAAUUUAUGUAUAUAUAUUUUUUUUUAAAUGAAAGUUUGUAUUUUUAUUUUUCAUAUAGAUUGGGAGACAAUCAGUUAUACAGUAGCUGUGCUCGUUGUAAAGGUAUCUAAUUUUGCGGAUAUUUCAUAUAUUAAAGCCUAACAGUCUGUUAACUACACAUAAAUGUCAUUGCCAUCCUAAAAAAUGGAAAGAGUAGUUGGUCAUCAUCUGUACCCAAGUUCUCUGUACGCAUCUGUCCUUGUCAUGAUUCAGGUUGAUAUCCCACUUCUAUCUUCCAUCGUACAUUUUCUUUUACAUUGAUUGUUCUGUGUGCAAUCCUCACCCUUUUUCCCUAAAAUACUUUUUUUUUUUCAUUUAUUUUGUUUUGAUGCAUUUAAUUCAUGAAAUACAGUGGAAAUAUUUUAACAAAACCGAAGUUGAAUUUGUUAAAUGAAUCUGAAAUGUUUGGAUAAAGAAGCAGUGUGUCA